UGUGAUUGCAACAUACAUGCAAUGCUUGCAAAUAUUAAAAUAAGCACUGACUUUUACUUCCUCAUACGAACCAUGUCUAACCUGUUUAUGCCUUUGUCAUUUGUUCUUGUCUUUCUGUUGCAGCAACAACCAAUUCACGUGAUCUCUGUCAGUGCAGGGAGGAGACAGCUAGUAUAAAAGAGUCCAAAGUACCCAGAGCACCAGAGGAGUGGAAUAAAUCGAGUUCAAAAGUGAAAAAAAAACUAAAUUGAAUUAUCAUGGAUACACAGGAUUUUGUCCAUGACAAAUUAACUGAAUGGGGCUUCAGUGACUUCAUACAGAGAUUUGAAGAUGAAGGUAUUGACAAGGAGACUUUUUUAAGUCUUGGAGAUCUGGGCAGCGUCAAUGUCUUGAUUCCUAAAAUUGGACAAAGAGCAAAAUUCAGAAAGAGACUCAGAGAUUACUUACAGUCGAGUUCCACGGAGACAUGUAACUUUGUUCGGGAGAAAUUAACUGACUGGGAUCUCAGUGAGUUUAUUCAGAGAUUUGAAGACCAAGGCAUUGACAAGCAGACUUUCUUGUGUCUUGAGAAGUCAGCCAUCUUCAAUGACUUGAUUCCUAAAAUUGGACCAAGAGUGAAAUUCAAAAAGAAACUCAGAGAAUACUUACAGGCACUGAAAAGAAAGCACGCUGAUACUCCUGAAACGAUGGAUACUGACACAAAUUCAGACCAAGAGGACAGCCCUGAACUGGACCCGACAAUUUUUCCAUGGCACUUUGAGUCUACUUCAACAUCUGGCACAGAUCAUGACAAUGAGAUGAGUGAGGAGCCACUGUCCAUAAGUAACUCAAGUUCAGGCCUACUUGCUGUGAUACUCUUCUUUUUGCGUCACAGUCUAAAUGUGGCUGUGGGUGACUUGAUGGCUCUACUUAAUUUUCUCAGUCCGAACCUGGUUGUUUCAUCUAAAUAUCUCUCUGAUAAGAUUACUGCCUUGUCAGCUGUGUUUUACUGUGCUCUUGAAACAUGUCAGAACUACAUGGGAAAAGAUCCUGGUGGUUCUUGUUGUCACUGUGGCACAAUGUUCAACAAAGAAGAAAGUACUAAAAAUGGAAACUUCUUUUUGUCUGCAUCACUGAAAGACCUUCUGAAGGGCAUCCUUAAGAUCCAUGGCAUUGAUUUGAUACCUAAAACAGUCAAUCAAGGGAAGGACAUUAAAGAUGUGAUGGAUGGCAAAAUGUACCAGAAUCUACUUAAACAAGGCAAAUUGGCUGCAGAUGACCUCACACUGUUGUGGAAUUGUGAUGGUGUACCAAUUUAUGACUCGGACAUAUGCUCGAUUUGGCCGCUUCAGUUUACUAUUAAUGAACUUCCUUACACACAAAGAAAUGAAAAUGUGAUAGUUGCAGGACUUUGGUUUGGCACAGUAAAACCGAAGAUGAAAACAUUUCUAAAGCCUUUCAUAGAUGAAUGUCGUGAUUUAGCCCAAAAUCCCCUUCAGUGGAGCGACAGCAAUGGAGCGGUUCACUCCUCAAAAGUCUUCUCCUUGGUUUGCUCCUCUGACGCCGUGGCAAGGCCACUCCUCCGGAAUUGCAAACAAUUCAAUGGUGAAUAUGGUUGUGAAUGGUGUUUACACCCUGGCAUGGUGGUCAAAAAAGGCAGUGGAUCCAUGAGGUCAUACCCAUAUGAUGAAGAGAAACAAAAAGCAAGGUCAAACGAAAUGUUCAAGCAAAAUGCAACACAGGCUGAAAAGUCUGGCAAGGAAACCAAUGGAGUGAAAGGAUUGUCCUUGCUUCCCAUACUUCCCUUGUUUGACAUUGUUUUUGGAUUUGUACCCGAGUACCUGCACUCUGUUCUGCUCGGUGUGUCCAAACAACUUAUGUUGCUGUGGUUAGACCCAGUCAACUCAAUGAAACCUUGGUAUGCAGGUCAAGACAUUUCACAAAUGGACUCGCGUCUUCUCCGUCUAAGGUCGACAUUAGAAAAGAAACCCUCGUCUCUACAGUCACUGAAGUGUCGGGACACUUGGAAAGCGUCGGAGUGGCGAGCAUUCCUUUUAUUUUAUGCGAUUAGUGUCCUGCCUGGUAUCCUACAGCCUGACUUUCUGGAACAUUAUUUUUACCUGUCAUUUAGUGUUCACAUUCUGCUACAAGAGUCAAUAUCCCAACAUGAGCUUCAAAUGGCCCAUGAGUCCUUGGUACGCUUUGUGAAAGACAUGAAAGUACUUUAUGGUGAAGAAAAUGUGUCUUUCAACUGCCAUCAGUUAAUCCACUUAACUGAAAGUGUACUGAACUGGGGGCCUCUCUGGGCAACGUCAGCAUUUAGUUUUGAGAGAAACAAUGGAAAUCUAAGAGCUCUGCUUCAUGGCAGAAAUUGUAACCCUCGAGAAAUUGCCCAGAGGUUUCUCGUUUGGCAGCACAUACCCAGACACCUUAGUUCUUUAGUAUUUAACCGACAAUCAGAUUUUGGUGAGUUAUUAGCCAAGAUCACAGCAGUAAACGAUGGCAGUGGCUCUGACAAAACCCUUGGAAAAUCACGCCCUCUGGAUCUCACAGAAUCCAUAAAACGAUCAGUAGAAGAGCUCUUAAAUCAACCAGUCGUUAUAUCAGUAGAAGCCUGUGACAGCUUCACUAGUGGACACACUGUUUAUUACUCUACAAACUGUAAAGAGUCAGACCAGACAGACUUUGCCGUUAAACUGAAGAAUGGCUCCUUCGGAGAAAUACAGUUGAUUUUACUUUUCAAAGGGAACUGUGUUUGCACAUCCAAAUGUUUGUGCCCGGCUGUUCCAAUCGUUGUGGUCCACCUGUACGACAUCAAACCUGCGACAUUGUUCAGCGAUGAACAUCCUAACAAAACUUCUAAGACUAUCUUUGUCAGAGUUGAAAGGACGGAUCAACCCAAAGCAUUCUUCUUAGAGGACAUCAGGUGUAAAUGUAGGUAUGUGGAUGGUUGGCUUGUGCCUGUACCAAACACAUACGAGAGAUAUUAGAGUCAGUGCAGGGCUAAAGCUCUUGCAGCAGCAGGGCUGCUUUCACCAACCACUCAUCAUGUUCUUUAUCUCAUUUCCUGGUGCUAUGUCACAUCGGCGUUAUAUAACUUAUGGCCGACUUGACCCUGGGCAUUGUCUGUGAUGUGUGAUUAUAAUUAAUUGAUAAGUUUGGCAAUGGAGUUGAAGUGUUGAGCAUGCAAUGACUGAUUAGCUUAUAACAGUGGAUGUCAAAUGACCGAUAUGUCCAUAAUUGACUGUAAAUAUUAACUAGAUAUCAAGAUAAGUUCAAAGCCUCUUGCGACAACAAAAAUAUAUUGCUCUGUGCACCACUGCUAACCUUAUGACAGUUCAACAGAGUCUUCAGAUGCUCCAAGUAAAAAAAGGCUUUUAUUUUUGGGUUCUUUUUUGAGGGUUUUGGAAAAGAUUUUCACUUUUUAUCAUUUUUUUCUUUUAAGAUCCUUUAGAUAGAGGGUGUUUUUACUUACUUUUGUAUCAUAUAAUUUUUGUAAGUUAUGAUUAUGUUGUUAUUGUAAAAACCCAAUAAAACUUGAUUUUAUUUCAUACAUUCCACCAAAGUCCAGUCUUGCUCAUUUCUGACGUUGUCUGCUUGGUCUCCCCUGGGAUAGUAAUUAAGUAGCCAUACAAUUGAAUAGCAAACCUUCUUGCUGCGGUGAAAAUGCUAUUGUUCAUUUUGUUGGGAUUUACUCUUGUGGUUAGCUCAAAUUGUUUUAUGCCCUGCUGGUUUAUUGGUGCUGUAUGUGAUAUCAGGGGUUAAACAUAGCUGUGUGUUUAUAAUGUACAAUAAGGGUCAGAUUGGCAUCCAAAUUUGGGGUAAUAGGACCAGGGCUGUGAAGCUGUCCUUCAUAACCAAGCGAAGUUCCCAGAGAGGCCGACAUGAAAGGCCUGAAAUAAGCUCAGCUAUAUGUUUUCUUCCUCCCUAAGCAGACUGAGACAGUCUGCAUGUAGAUUUUGGAGGGACGUUCGAUACCUAGGUCAGAGGUUUCUUGGACCUUGCCUAGCAUAACUGAUCCCCCAUCGAUUAUAGGCAAUAUACCAUUUCCAUAAUAAACUUAUAGAAACAAUUUCAGCUUUACAUUUUUCUGGGCACUUUUCAGUCUCAUCUAAAAUAUGGAAUUUAAACAGUUACUGACUUUAUUCUAGUAGGUUUAGAAUACCUACGAGAAUAACCUUUUUGUUAGGUGGUAUGUGGUCAUCUGUUUAUGUUAAGAUGUAUUUUAUUUCAAUGAUGUAUAAAUAACUAUUGUGUCACUUUGGCGAUUAACUUGUAGGAAAAAAAGGUAAAGAAACAGACAUUGUAGCUGUAAAAUGAAGCAUUGCAUUAGUUCAUGCAGGACACAGUCAUUUAAAUAUGACACCCUCCUCAUCCUUGCUACACCAAUGCUGUUACAGACUGUGCUGCUGGCAAAGCUUUGCCCCCUCCACACCAGCCUCCACCCUUUUUUAGCUCAGAGUUCAUCUUGCAAAG